AUGAUUGCUGACCUUAGAGAGCGGAAUGAUGACUGUGAAGGUGAGUCCGCGCUGAGAGCGGAGUCUGACUCCCCAUCUAAGUUGUAUGCCAUGUUAUGUGCCGUCACAAAGGAGGAGCAGGAGGUGAAGGAUGCCAUUACCCGCUCGCGUUUUGCCUGCGAGAAGCUACGCUCACAAAUUGUUGUUGAGGAGGAAAGGAUUGCGGUAAAACGCGACCGCAUGCCAAGUUUGCGCAGUGCUAUUGAAGUGGAGCAGGUGGAUAAGCGCGCCUGGGAAGCUUGCAUGGAUGGUGUAGCCACCGUCUUGGAGGACGCUAAACGGCGCGCGCUCAGGGCAGAGCAGAAUCUGGAGGCUGCAUGUGUGGAUGAUGACCUAGGGAUAUACGAGUGGCCCCUCGUGGACGAGUGUGGCAGCACGGAUAGUGGUGAGCACCUCUACGCGCCUCCCUCAGAUGUGCUCCGAAUGCUUUCCUCGCUUCAGAGAAAGGUAUCCAGCGUGUGCGCCGCGGUGAAGCUGAAGCAGAAGAAUGUGGACGAGCCUCGCGAAGCUGAGGAGCGGAGUGCAGCGGGACGUCCCACUCCCUUCCCGGGAGCGUCGACGUCAUCGCCGGAUAGCGAUGUAGGGUGUGCAUGCACAGAUGGCUUGGAUGCUGCGGCCGCUGUCGCGGUCGAUGAGGCUCGAUCACCGCGGCGACGUCGGUUGCAUUUUGAUGAGGAUUGCCUAGAGAGGGUAACAUUGGUUCGUACGGAACCUACGUCUGGGGUUCAAAGGGAGAUCCGGGGAAUUCAUGCAAACGUGGGUUGGGCGACGCUGUAUGAUGCUAGUGAGGCUGCAGCUCCUCGUGGGUGCUUGGUUUCAACGACACGCGUCCUACAACGGUCCUCUGCCGCUUGCCGUGUCAGGCCAACCAUGACGAAGUGGGUAUAUUUUAACCCCAAACAUUCGUCCGAAGGAUGCUAA